AUGAACUCAAUCAGAUACAUCCAGCACAAGCCUUUCCUCGCUUAUUGCACAGGCCUAUUGGAAUCGCGUGGUUAUACCAACCAGAUCAAAGCUCUUGAAGUUGGUUGCGGACCGGGCCAUUUCUCAGCCUUGUUGAAGGAUCAACUCAAGGACCGUAUUGACAUUACAGCCAUUGACCCCUCCGAAGAGGAUAUCCAGGUCUGUGCGAACCAUAAUGCAGCUGUCAAAUACCUUGCCACGACGAUCUUGGAAAUGGAUCUUGAGCAAUAUCGUGAGCAUUUUGAUGUGAUUCUGUUUACAAAGUCACUCCAUCACUGCGAACCUUUGGAUGAGACUGUCGUACAAGCUCAUCGUUUCCUUAAAAAAGGUGGCAUUGUUGUUGCUGAAGAAUUCAAUCCGGAAGCGAUUGACGAACCUACUGCCCGGUUUUUCUUCAACCGUCUCGACUUGUUGAAAAUCGGAAACCACAUUUCGCGACCACCCAUCAAGAGCGAGACUUACCUAGCUAAAUGGGACCAAAUGAUCGAUCCAACGUCUGGUUCGCCUUUGGAGCGCUGGGCUUUAAUUUUCAAUAAAGACAGCGCCAAGAAGCUUUUCAAACACGGUCUUCAAGGGAAGCAAAUGUCGAGCCACGAAGCUAUGAUUUCGUCCUUUGCCAAAGCAUUUGGUAAUGGCAAUGAGUCUGUUGUCAAGGCUGCGCGUAAUCCAUUCUUGCAGAGUGCUUUCGUUUUCCUCGGUUUGCAAGAUACGCCUAUGGGAGAAGCUAUUGUGGAAGCCAUCAUUGCGCAAGAAGCGUCUGCUAUCAAGGAUGGAGUGAUUAAAGCUACUGGAAUCGCCUAUCUCGUUGAGAAACAAUAG